ACCUUUUGGAGGUGUGGGGCAACCCUGAAGGGACACAGUGUCUGGCCUCCUCCAUCAGAAACAGACACCUGCACGUGGGGUGACAAAGGACACCCAUCCUGCUGGGUGCCUUCUGAGGGCACAGAGAGCAUUUGCCAGACAGGGUGAGAUGAACUUGGAGGAGGACUUGGGAGAAGGCAGCAUCUCUUCUGCUGCUGCCAGCACCAAUCACAUGUCCCAGGCUACACCUCUGGGUGCUUUGGAGAGCCUAAGGUGCCCAACCUGCCUGGACACCACUAAUCAUCAUGUCUGUUUUUCCUGCCUAGUGGAGUGGUUCCACAGAAGAGUAGUGUGCCCAAUAUGUCAGUGGUCUUUCCCACACAACUCUGGCAUGGUGGGAGACACUAACUCCGAGACAUACUCCACUAGGCAGUACAGCAGCUCUGAUAACCAUGCUCAAGGACGGAGAGCUGGACCCAGCUCUGAGGAAAGGAGGUGGCAUCGUUCCUCAGGACACCAGCACCGCAACUCUUUCAGCAGAAGCCGUGGUGGUACCCGGGGCGGUAGCCGUGGCACUAGGUAUGGUGGGGCUCGACAGAGGAACCGAAGCAGGUACCAAAGGCGGCACCACGAUGGCCACGGCAGGGUUCAGCAGGCCCAGGGCUACAACCCCUCGAGCAGGAGGAGACGGCAGCAGAGCAGGGCUCAGAACACUGCUCGUGGCAACGGCCGAGCUCCAAGGACUACACAGCACAUCCGAGCCGCCUCAAGGAGAAGCAGGCGUCGUCAGCAGGGACCCCGGGUUUCUUUCGUGGAACCACAGGCGACAAGGAGCCGAUUCCGCCAGAGGUCCCGCAGCACUGUGCGCCAAACACUGAGGGAGAAUCUAAGGAGGAUGGAACGCGAUGAGGGACGAGCUCUAAGGCAUGAAUGGCACAUCCAAGCCUCCUCCAGGAGGAAUGAGCACCGUCAGCACAGGCGCCAGCUUUCUUACAGAGAACCACAGGUGACAAGGAACCGACCCAGGGGGAGGUUCCGCAACAGCCGGCAUCAAACACUGUGGGAGAAUCCAAGGAGGGUGGAAUAUGAUGAGAGAGGGCUCCUAGGGAUCGAACGGGCUGUCCCUGCCUCCUCACGGAGGAGCCGGCGCCGUCAGCGGGAGCACCGGGUUUCUUUCAUCGAACCGCAGGCAACAAGGAGACAAACCCGGGGGAUGCCCCGCAGCACUCGGCGCCAAACACUGCGGGAGAGUCUAAGGAGGAUGGAACGUGACGAGGGACAAGCUCUAAGACUCGAACGGGACGUCCCAACCUCCUCGGGGUGGAGUGAGCACCGUCAGCGGGGCCACCAGGUUUAUAUCACUGAACCACAGCCAACAAGGAACUGAUACUCCUGGAUGUGCCACAGCUCUGCUGGGCACAGGGCCUGGUAGCACACCUGACCAAGAAGGGUACUACGGCAUGGUUUGUUAUUGGUGUCAGGAACAACACCACUUUAGACAAAAAGAGCUCCUAAUAAAAACUGCAAAAAUAAAGUCAAAUCCAGUGUUCAAA